UGACAGUCCUAUUCCUAAGUUGUGUAGUGGCCCUAUUCAUGGAAUCCAAUUAUGUUGGCAAAACAAAUAAGGUAGCAUACAAAAUGCAUGUAUAAUGUGUUAUAUACAAGUAGUGGGACUUUGUCUGUUGACUUAAGAGUGUGAACUAUUGAUUGUUUCUGGCAUUCACUUGUGUGACACAAUGAAUGGGUUAUAUAUAUGUCAUCAAAAUUGUUGAAUAGACACAUAAAGCAAACGUUUCUUGAUUUCUUCUCUACCAACUUGAUUAGUUUUGAUCAUUUUUAGUGCAGAAAUGGAUUGUGUAAAACUUGUGUUUUUCAUGCUAUAUACCUUUCUUUGUCAACUUGCUUUCUCCUCAUCCCCACCUCAUUUGUGCCCGAAAGAUCAAGCUCUUGCUCUUCUACAAUUCAAGAACAUGUUUACCAUUAAUCCUGAUGCUUCUUAUUAUUGUGAUUCUUCUCAUCCAAGAACUCUUUUCUGGAACAACAGCACAGAUUGUUGCUCAUGGGAUGGAGUUCAUUGUGACAAGAUGACAGGACAAGUGAUUGAGCUUGAUCUCCAUUGCAGCCAACUUCAAGGCAAGUUUCAUUCAAACAGUAGCCUCUUUCAACUCUCCAAUCUCAAAAGGCUUGAUUUGUCUUUUAAUGAUUUCACUGAAUCGCUCAUUUCACCUAAAUUUGGUGAAUCUUCAAGUUUGACGCAUCUUGAUUUGUUUGAUUCAGGUUUUGCAGGUAUAAUCCCUUCUGAAAUAUCUCACCUUUCUAAAUUACACGUUCUUCGUAUCGGUGGUCAAUAUAAACUUAGUCUUGGGCCUCACAAUUUUGAACUGCUCCUUAAGAACUUGACCCAAUUAAGAGAUCUCAACCUUUGGGAUGUGAACCUCUCUUCCACCAUUCCAUCAAAUUUCUCUUCUCACUUAGCAAUUUUAACACUUUAUAACACAGGGUUACGUGGGUUAUUGCCCGAAAGAUUCUUCCACCUCACCGACUUAGAAUCCCUUGAUUUAUCAUUCAAUCCCCAACUCACAGUUAGGUUUCCCACAACCAAAUGGAAUAGCAGUGCAUCACUCAUGUACUUAAAUCUCUAUAAUGUGAAUUUUACUGGUAGGAUACCUGAAUCAUUUAGCCAUCUAACUGCAGUUCAGGAGUUGGACAUGAGUCAUUCCAAUCUUUUAGGGCCUAUUCUAUGGAAUCUCACCAGCAUAGAGAUUUUGUACCUUAAUAAUAACCAUCUUGAAGGACCAAUUUCCCACUUCUCAAGAUUUAAAAAGCUGAAGACGUUAUCACUCGGAAAUAACAACUUUGAUGGCCGCCUUGAGUUCUUAUCCUUUAACAGAAGCUGGAUGCAGCUUGAAAUAUUAGAUUUUUCAUCCAAUUCCCUAACUGGUCCAAUUCCAUCCAAUGUAAGUGGACUGCAAAACCUACGACAACUCAUCUUGUCGUCAAGCCACUUGAAUGGGACUAUACCUUCCUGGAUAUUCGAUCUUCCGUCACUAAGAUUGUUAGACUUGAGCAAUAACACUUUCAGUGGAAAAAUUCAGGAGUUCAAGUCCAAAACGUUGGCUGGAGUUUAUCUAUAUCAAAAUCAGCUGGAAGGUCCUCUACCAAAUUCGCUCCUAAACCAGCCAAUCCUAAUGUUUCUUCUCCUUUCACACAAUAGUAUCAGUGGGCAGAUUGCUUCAACUAUCUGCAAUCUGACAAUGCUGACUGUGCUAAAUUUGAGAAGUAAUAAUUUGGAGGGAACAAUCCCACAAUGUUUGGGUGAGAUGAAUGAAAAUCUUUGGAGUUUGGAUUUGAGCAACAACAGCCUUAGUGGGACAAUUGAUACAACUUUUAGUAUUCGAAACUCUUUCAGGGUUAUUAGCUUGCAUGGGAAUAAGCUAACGGGAAAAGUCCCACCAUCUUUAAUCAUUUGCACGUAUUUGACACUUCUUGAUCUAGGUAAUAAUCAGUUGAAUGACACAUUUCCAAACUGGUUGGGAGAUCUACCUUAUUUGAAGAUUUUAAGCUUGAGAUCAAAUAAGUUUCAUGGUCCCGUCAAAUCUUCAAGGAAUACAAACUUGUUUCCGCAGCUCCAAAUUAUGGAUCUAUCAUCCAAUGGAUUUAGUGGUAAUUUACCAAUAAGUCUUUUUGGGAAUUUGCAAGCCAUGAAGAAAAUUGAUGUGAAUACAAGAACCCCACAGUAUGUUUCUGAUCAAUUUGCUGGUUAUUAUGAUUAUUUGACCACAAUUACAACAAAAGGGCAGGACUUUGAAUCUGUUCAAAUUUUUGCAACUAACAUCAUUAUCGAUCUUUCAAGGAAUAGAUUUGAAGGUCAUAUUCCAAGCAUUAUUGGAGAUCUCGUUGGACUUCGUACCUUAAACUUAUCUCAUAAUGUCUUGGAAGGUCAUAUACCAGCAUCAUUGCAAAAUCUAUCUGUGCUCGAAUCAUUGGAUCUCUCAUCCAACAAAUUAGAUGGUGAAAUUCCACAACAACUUGUGUCCCUCACGUCACUUGAAGUCUUAAAUCUCUCUCACAAUCAUCUUGUCGGAUGCAUCCCCAAAGGAAAACAAUUUGAUACGUUUGAGAACAAUUCAUACCUACGAAAUGAUGGAUUACGAGGAUUGCCACCUUCAAGAGAUUGUGGUCGUUAUGAUAGGGUACCACAAUCGACAAUUCCACUUGAGCUAGAUCAAGAAGAAGAAGAAGAAGAAGAUUCACCAAUGAUCAGUUGGCAAGCAGUUCUCAUGGGUUACGGUUGUGGACUUGUUAUUGGACUAUCCGUAAUAUACAUAAUGUGGUCAACUCAAUAUCCAGCAUGGUUUUCCAGGAUGGAUGUAAAAUUGGAACACAUAAUUACUACGAGAAUGAAAAAGCACAAGAAAAGAUAUUAGUGAGUAGUUACCUCCAGGAUUCAAGUCUAUUGAGUAGCUGGAAAUGCAGAUAAAAGCCUUUUUAUCUUUCAUAGUUUGUAAUGUUUCCAUGAAGUGUUUCUUAUCCUAUGAAUAAAGAUUUUGUUUUCAUUUUUCUA